UGACAGAUGCAUCCAUCAGAAUCAGUACGGCAUGUAUGCACUCUCUCUCUCUGAUCAAAAGAAACAACUGAAUGAAACAAAAGAGAAAUCAGAAGAGAGAGAGGCCAACUCAUCCUAUUUAAACACGUAUUUCAAUACUCUCAUUUGCCGCCACUAAACAACCAAACAAACUCAUCUUCAUGAGUUUCUGCACCAAUUUCUUCUUCAAAAUAACAUAGGUGUUUCCCCUUCUUCUCUUCCUUUAAAAAAAAAUCAGGAUCGAGAAACCACCCUAGUGUUGAGUACAGCUUCUAGCGCUUUCCACCAGUUUUCAUACCAAAAACAGCAUCGGUGUCAUUAUUAAAGCGGGGAAGUUUUUUUAUUUCUAUGUUUCACACCGAAAGAUCUCCAAAUACAUAUCCAUUUCAUAUAUAUAAAUAGUUAUGGAUUCUUUUGAUCCUUCAAUCACCCUACCCUUUCCUUACUCCUUUACUCCAGCUAUCAGCAACAGAAGUGGUGGAACGAGUAGUGCAAAUUCCAACAAUGUUCUCACUACUGGUUCCAGCUGGAUGGACGGCAGGAUUUGGAGCAAACUCCCUCAGAGGCUUCUCGAUCGUGUGAUAGCUUUCCUUCCACCACCAGCAUUUUUCAGAUCACGCUGCGUCUGCAAGAGAUGGUACGACCUUUUGUUCUCUCCAUCCUUUCUCGAACUCUACCUACAAGUCUUACCCUGCCGCCAUUGUUUUAUCUUCUUCAAGAAAAAAAAUCUCAAGAACUAUGUAUACAAAUCAAACCACGACAAUUAUGGAGAUCCCCGAAACGACAGAUCAUCAUCACAAACUACCUGCGAGGGUUACCUCUUUGACCCUUAUGAGCUUUCAUGGCACAGAAUCUCUUUCCCUAGUCUACUUCCUCCUGGGUUCUCUCCAGCUUCUUCUUCAGGCGGUUUAGUCUGUUGGGUAUCUUACGAUGGUGGUCCUAAAACCCUACUCCUCUGCAACCCAAUGCUCGGUUCUCUAACGCCGUUACCUCCAACGUUAAGAUCCCGUCUAUUCCCUUCCGUAGGCCUUGGGGUCACUCCCACCUCAAUAGACGUUACUAUAGCCGGGGAUGACCUGAUCUCUCCCUACGCCGUUAAAAACAUAUCGGCGGAAAGCUUCCACAUAGACGGAGAAGGGUUUUACUCCAUCUGGGGCACUUCCUCUACUCUCCCGAGACUCUGUAGUUUUGAAUCUGGAAACAUGGUCCACGUGGAAGGGAAAUUCUACUGCAUGAACUACAGCCCUUACAGUAUUCUAGCUCAUGACAUUUCAUCGAACAGUUGGUGGAAGAUUCAAGCCCCGAUGAGAAGGUUCCUGAGGUCUCCCAACUUGGUGGAGAGCAGAGGAAAGCUUCUUCUGAUUGCGGCCGUGGAAAAAAGUCAACUGAAUGUGCCCAAGAGCUUGAGACUUUGGGGAUUACAGUCGUGUGGGACCACGUGGGUGGAGACGGAGAGGAUGCCACAGCCACUUUACUUGCAGUUCGCAGAGCUGGAGAAUGGGAACGGGUUUCAUUGCGUCGGAAAUGGAGAGUUCAUAGCCAUCAUGAUUCUGGGAACAGAUCAGAAAGUGGUGCUGUUUGACAUGUGCAGGAAGAGAUGGCAGUGGAUUCCGUCGUGUCCGUAUGUCACUGGAGGUGAGUUGCAUGGCUUCGCUUAUGAACCCAGACUUGCCACGCCGGUUACUGGGCUUCUUGAUCAGCUCACUCUUCAGUCCUACAACAUUAAUGGCUAAGUAACAUAAUUUAAUUUAUAUAUAGUAUUUGUGUGAAAUUGUGUUAUGUAGCUAUGUAGCUGCAGAGAGCGCACUACAGCUCGUAUUAUUAGCUUUAGGACGAAGUUUAUGAUGUAAUCAGCUGCCACGCAAUAUUUGGUUAUGGAGAAUGUGCUAUGUUUUAUUAGUUCCAUUGUUCUGCACAUCUUA